AUGUCAUUCACUGACAAUUUUUUUGGUACAUCCUUUUCAUUCGACGGCACCCUGCUUAGUCCACUCGACAUCAUGGACGAAAGUCCCACAUAUCCCAAUCUACUUGGGGGCGACUUUACAUUAUAUUCAGAUGGAAACGACCCGGAGGAGCACUUCAGCCUCCAAUCUUCCCCAGAGGUCUCCCAAGGUAUUCAAAAUACCCCAGCUGAGUCUCCAGACUCCCCUUGGAGCCAUGAGGAAGAUGCUAUCGGUUCCCCAAUCCUUUCUCCCUUGACUUCUGGACAUCUCGAAGAACAAGGGAGCCUCAGACCUACCGAGGAUUUGAAUGCCCUGGCCGCGCGGAGACUCCGGGAGGAUGAUGGCGGGAAGCGGCGGAGGAAACUCUCAGCUGCUACUCCAGCCAAACGCUCCCGGGUCGAAAAAAAGACAGCGCCCGAGCCAAAGAGCAGGAUCCGACGACCUCGGAAGGCCUCUUUCUUCUGUGGUUGGGAGGGAUGCAAGGCUUCCUUUACUAGGCAAAGGGAGUUUGAAAUGCACAUGGGGAAACAUGAGAAACCCCUGUUUUUCUGUGAUAUCUGUCAACAACUCCUCACGAGGAAGGACAAUCGGAAAAAGCACGAUGAGUCUAAACGUCAUAAUGACAAUUUGCUUGCACAUCAAGCAAAUCCUGCAAAUUCCCCAUUGCUCCCUCCUGCCGCCAACACCACCGCCACCACCACCACCAACACCAACACCAACACCAUCACCGCUAAUAUCACUACCACUACCGCUAAUAUCACGGCCGCCACCACUAGUGCAGCCUCGCCCUUCUCUUCCUCACCCCUCUCUCCCUUUGGCUCAUUAGAGUCAUAUCCCUCACCUACCUCCAGUCCAACUGUGAGCACCUCCAGUUCUCCUCCCUACCUCGAGGACACACCACUGUUCUUGAGCCAUUAUUCUAUCUAUCCCGACCUUCUCAACCAACCUAUCAUCACUGACUUGUCCUCCUUCGAUACUGAAGCAAAAAUGCUGAUGCUGCAUGCGAAGAUAGCAGCCAUUGGCAAAAACGCCGAAGCCCUCGACGUUGAGAUAAGAGAGGUUCUGCAAGAGAUGGGAACAAUCCGAAGAGAGGCCUAG